AUGACAUUUUUAAUUCGUUUAUGGUUUUGCAUUUCUUUAGAUCUAAAGGGACCAACAGAAGAAACCAGUGAAAGCUAUGCAAAGACAAAGUCAUUAACUGAUUCGCAUAUAAGGUUAUCAAAAUUUCGUUUCGAUUUCUUAAAUAUUCCUACACUUGUCAGUGGAAAGAAGCAUUUUGACCAGCAUUUGAUACAAACAUCGGAUGAAAUCCAUGAAACUCACAGGUCACAACAGUGCAAGUCUGAUAAGGCUGAUGUACAAAAAUCCACUGUCAACCUGAAAAAGAAUUUGUAUGACCACCUUUUCGAUGAAGCAGUUAUGAAAGCUGAGCUGAAAAAUGCUUUAUUUCUAUGGGCAAAGGAAUGUGAGGUUGAAAUUUUAAAGUUACCAUUAAAUAAGAUUGACCACAUUUUAAACUGUUCAAAUACAAUUGAAAAUAAAGUUCAGUUACAAGCAAUUGUCUCUAUUGGUCUUUUUGAAAGCAAAUUAGAAAGCAAUGAAGUAGACAGCCUCCGUGACUGCCUUCUACACAAAAGUGCAGAUAUUAUUCUAGCCAUUUGUUUAUGCCUUACCAUAAUGGGUUAUUCAGAUCCAAAAUGUAUUGAAAAACUGUAUGAAUUAAUAACUCUAUGUCAAAAUCCAACAAAGACUGAUGAAGCGUACACUAGCGACUCACUAACAAUUUCAUAUACAUCGUUAAAUCUAAUGAAAUGGGCAGCUGCAAUGUGCUUAGCUAAAUUAAAUCAAUGUAAUCUAGAAAUACUCAACAUUUUAACCAUACCACUAUUUGACCAGUUAGUUCAUUUCAUUCCUGAGCAAUAUCCGAAAAGCCGUUUUAAAAUACAAACACAGGAAUCUGAUCAUCCUAUGAAAAAAUCAGUAGAUUUAAAGGAAAAACGAACUCACUCUUUUGUUUCAAAUCUUUCCAAUAUGAUCAAAUUUGACUUAAAUAAAAGAAAUACUUUUUUAAAUGCAAUUGUUUUCUAUUCUGAAGUCAAAAUGGUUUUACGUCUUAGCAGAGAUCAUAAUACACUUACACGAAUAAAUCGCCUACUCCUACUCGACUGGAACAGUAUGCUGAGAAUAGCAGCUCUCCAUUCACUUCAAGCUGAAACCAACAGCAUAAAUAAAUCAUUAUUAUGGUGUAACCAAUCAUUCAAGGACCCAUUCUUGAUAAAUAAUGUCAAAACUUAUUUCACAGAAGAAGAAAUACACAAAUCAUCUUUGACCUCUGAAUCAAUGCCUCACCGACGUGCGCAAAGAUUAUACCAGCUAUACAAAGAAGGUCUUCCUCCUACUGAACUCGUUAGACAACUUCAUAUCGCCUUGCUAGAUGAAUACAGCUGUGUACGUGAAAUGGCUUGUGUUAUCAUCAAACAGGAAAAAUUAGCUGGAGAAUCAGUUAUUUUGAAUGAACUACUCAAGAUUGUGAAGAAUGAUGUAAAUAGCAAUGUGAAAUUAAUGGCUUUAAGAGCACUGAAAACACUAUCAAGCUGUAAAGUGAACAGUACAACUUCAGAAUGUAUUCAGAAUCAACUAUGUGAUGUUGUUCAGUGUGAAAUGAAUUCAUAUAUUCGACAAAAACUAUUUCAUCUUUUACUAUGGUUUAUAGAAACACGUUUUAUCACAUGUGAUACAACUGAUCAUUUAAAUAGCCAUAAAAUUGAUUUAUUAGCAAAAGAAUCACUACUCAAUGAGUAUAAUUCAUUAAUCGAAAAGUCAAUUGACUUCAAUAAAUUAUUUGAUAUACAAGAUGAUGUAAUUCGCUACAUUUUGAAUUCUCAUGAUCAAAGUGACUGUUCAUCACCAUCACAUCAUCACAUAAACUAUACUCGAAUGCUAUACGUGAAGCAUUUAUUCCAAAUUACGACAAAUCUAUUAAUAAUGAAAGAAUAAAUCAAAUGAAACUGCAUAAAUUACCCUGUGAAUUCUACUUUUUGUAUAAUUCAUUGAAAAAUUCUGUAAAGUAUGACCAAUGUG